GUCACCCUAUCCCCUUCUAUCACUCACCAGUUCAACAUCAACACCACCACCACAACCACCAACACCAACCACAGACUCUACUUCCACCACAUCGUCAUUCCAUCCCAUUGCCGCCUCUCACAUACCACGAGACACCAAAGUCCUCUUCGUCGCUAUAUUCAUCCUCAUCCUAGUCCCUUCCAAUCCUGACAAUGGCUGCAAGAGCUCCCACUGGCCGUCCCGGCGCAGGCGGCAGGUUUGCCCAGUUCAAGCUGGUCUUACUUGGAGAAUCCGCCGUCGGAAAGAGCUCCUUGGUCCUUCGUUUUGUCAAAGAUCAAUUUGAUGAUUAUCGCGAGUCAACAAUCGGCGCUGCUUUCCUAACGCAGACUAUAUCUCUCGACGAGAAUACGACCGUCAAAUUCGAAAUCUGGGAUACCGCUGGUCAGGAGAGAUAUAAAUCGUUGGCGCCCAUGUACUAUCGCAACGCCAACUGCGCCGUUGUUGUCUAUGAUAUUACCCAGGCAUCGUCAUUAGACAAAGCCAAGUCAUGGGUCAAAGAACUCCAAAGACAAGCAAAUGAAAACAUCAUUAUCGCCCUCGCCGGAAACAAGGUUGAUGUCGUUAACGAAUUCCCCGACAAGCGAGCGAUUCAAACCGCCGACGCCGAGGCCUAUGCUAAAGAAGCCGGAUUACUCUUCUUCGAGACAUCGGCAAAGACAUCGACGAACGUCCGUGAACUCUUCACCGCCAUUGCUAAAAAACUCCCUCUCGAUCAGGCCGGGCCCCGGAAUCUAAGGUCGAACCCACGACCGGGCGUUGACCUGAGACCAGAAGCCACAAACACACAAGGUGCAGGGGGAUGUCAAUGCUAAACGCGAGAGCAAUCCCGGAGAUAGAUUGUCAACGGAUGUCGACUUGAUCAUACCAUUCAUCAUCCUGCCCACCUUUUUUAUACCAUUGUUCACAUUGAGCCACAGGAGCAGGCGUCGGGAUAUCGGAAUGACUGGGGCAAGGGCUGGCCUGAGGUUUCAGGUCGGAUUCAACGCUGGAUAAUGGAUGAGUUGACUGCUACUGAUUCUUGUAAUGCUUUCUCGGCGGCGGUUGGUGUGUGUGUGUGUUCCAUGCAAAUCCGAAAGAUCAAGUAGAAUCUGGGGUCGACGAGGUACUUUGGUAAAUUCCAUCGCCUACCACAAGGCAAUCAACGUUGUUCCUUGAAUUGACCCUGAUGAAUCUUCACAUUCUCUCUGAUCUGCGGUGAUGCAGGGCUGAUCACCAAACACGCAACCAGCAUAACCCCUUGUCGACUACAUACGACACUGGGUGGUGGAUUCCGCGGCACAUACUAUACUGCAUUAAUAUAAUCCGUGAACCUUAACCUAAUCCAUAUCAAGGUCCCUCUUC